UUUUUGGGUAGAUUACAUCCGGAUUUUGGCUAUAUUAUACUAUGAUUAUUAUUUGGAUUCUGAGUUGCCGUGACGAAGAGUCAUGCCGUGACACUAAAGCCCUUGAGACCGCCCUGUGCUUGCCACUCCUCAAGGAUUUUGGCAUAGCUAACGAUCCCCUCUCCCCAUACCGCAGAUUUCGCGGCCUUGAGCUGAUCAGCCAUACUUUUCAGUCGGCCGCCUUCGCCCUCGAGACUGAAGUAUCCUGGCGUGCAUCCCCCGACUGCCGCGAACCAUGUCGCGCGUUUCACGACCUCCGCCGUCCACGCAUCCUCGGCGCUCUUCUCCACCUCGAUCACUGGCCUCUCGGCGUCACCGACGACGCAGUGCGCCUGGGCGACAAUCGCCGCGAUGUGCUUAGACGUGGCUUCGAGCGAAAACGUGAAGUUCACGGCGAAGCCGAGCUGCGAGAGGCCCGGGAGGAAGAACAUGUUGGGGAACCCGCUCGACGCGAUGCCGUGCAGCGUGCCGCAACCCUCCUCGGUCCAUUUGUUGUCCAUGUCUCUCCCCUUUGCGCCCGUGACGCGGAACCUCCCCCGGGAGGCGGGGCUGCCCGUGCCUGCUCCGAGGGUCAGUUGGAACCCGGUACUGAGGACGAGCACUUCGAUGGGAUACUCGGUGCCGUUGGCGACUACGCCGUCCGCGGACAGCGCAUUCACACCCUUCCCGUCCGUAUCAACGAGGGUGACGUUCGGGCGGUUGAACGCGGGAAGGUAAUCGUCGUGGAACGUCGGCCGCUUGCACCAGACGGGGUACCACGCCUUGAGCUUCGCUGCGGUUUCCGGGUCCCGCACAAUCUCGUCGAUGCGUGCCCGGACCCGUUCGGCGCGUGGCAAGUCCAAACUAUGCAGCUUUGCGAUGUGCUCCGGAAUCUGCUCAGGCGUCACUAUCCCUGGCGCACCAAUAAUUCCGCAGAACGCAGGGAUCUGGCACGACGCGUCGGAUACGAGAUCCGGGCCUUCUUCGGGUUGAUUGGCCAAUAUGGCGUUGUAGUUGACCGACCGGGCGUGCUGCCAUCCCUUGCCAGUCGCAAUCUUGUUCUUCCACUCUUCUGGAUCAGUGGGAUGCUGGUUUCGCACGUCGACGCUGGAGGGUGUGCGCUGGAACACGAAGAGUUCUUUGGCCCACUUGGCGAGCUCAGGGAUCACCUGGAUCGCAGUGGCGCCGGUGCCGAUGAUCCCCACGCGCUUGUCCUUGAGCUUGUCCAGAUUCGGAGAUGCCGGGGAUCCGCCUGUGACGGAGUAGUUCCACCGACCAGUGUGGAAUGUCGGGCCUUUGAACUCAUCGAAACCAGGCAAGGAUGGGAUCUGCGGCGACAUUAUCACCCCUGCAGCGAGGCAUACGAACUGCGCGGAGACCGAGAACGAGCGCUCCGGUUCGUCUGGUCCCCGAUCUUCGCGCAUUUUCACGGUCCAAUGCUUGUGUUCGUCGCUCCAGUCUGCACUGUGAUAAACUGUUCUCAGCGAAGCUUGCAGCCGGUAGUGCGCUGCGAUGCGCUCUGCCUGCUCCCUCAGCUCGUCCCCGUGCGCAUACUUGUAUUUGGGCAUGUAACCUGUCUCUUCGAGCAGUGGCAUGUAGACGUAGCUCUCGACGUCGCACAUCAGCCCGGGAUAGCGAUUCCAGUACCAAGUCCCCCCGAAUCCACCCGCCGCAUCGACCAGGCGGAUGUCCGAUGCGUCGAAGCCGGCCCCGAUCAACCGCGCUGCCAGCACCAAGCCUCCGAACCCGGCGCCGAGAAUGAGGAAUUUGACGUCGUCACCGUCGCUGAGCACGUGCGCUGCGGCGUUGAGAGCGGCGUGGUCGACCCACGGGUCGGUCGCGAGGUAUUUGUACUUGUCCGACGUUGAGAGCUGGACGAAUUGGGAUGUGCCAUCCGGACGCAGGCGUUUGUCGCGCUCCUGAGCGUACCGCUCCGCAACUUCGGGAUUGGGAAGAGAGUUCAUUUAUACUUCUAACGAGACUCGAGUGCGUCUUUAUACUGGUGUUUCCGGCGAGUCGACACAAUUCACGCGGGUGCGAUUGACGCAGCGAGCGGCUAAGCUCCAUGCUCGACGCGAUGCUCGCCGUUUAUGCUUAUACUGUCGUGUGUGGACCUGGUGGUGUCGCGAGAUGAGUUCAAGCGAGUUCAAGCUGACAGAAUUUCAAAUCAACCGAGGCUCGUGGGCCAUACCUUUGGCUCGGGGCGGCUCCAGGUCAGUACGCAAUAUGUGCUAUAAAUUCCAAACGAAACUGGGUUCUCUCACAUGAAACAAAUACACGUGAUUGGAAGGCCGUCACGGCAAGAAGCGGCGGUCAUCCGCCGUUUCAUCCUGUCACCCUGUCUGCUGGAGCAAUUUCGUCGACCCAGCUCAAACGCGCCGACUCAUCUGAGCACUGAGAAUCAUUAUCGGUCCCGGGGCACCCUCAGAAUGUACUGCUGGUGCUAUUACUCUGGGUAUCAUGCUCGCACUGGCAGGCGUUGGGCCGGGGCAUUCAGCCGGGGCUGUACGGCAGAUCGGUCGGGCAAAUGGUGCGGGUGUUUGAGCGGGUUGACAGCAAUGCGAAUGUCGGCGUGGGGCUCGGAGCACAGCCUAAUAGCCAUCCGCGUGUUGAAGCAUUUCGGGGUCCAGGAGAGGAGAAUACGAAAGGUGUGCUCCUCCAUGCGGUGUGUUGCAUGUCCGCGUGCGUGCGAAGACCGGAGACUCGCGUGCUCAAGUCGUAGCCUUCAAUUAUGUGACUGGGGAGGGAAGCGGCGGGAACUCAGCACUAAGCGGAGAAAAUGGAGAACAAGUGGACCUCAGUGUUCGCCCUAUAGGCCCUAAAUGCACCUCCGGAGGGCUAUAGGCCUUAUUUAAGGCAUAGGCAUAUAAUUAUAGGCCUUGUUAUAGGCCAUAAAAUGUGCACGUGAUCAAAACAUGUGCCCAAUCAAUACCAAAAUGGGGCAUUGUAUACAAGAUUAACUAGAGCUGGAACUCAUCUGGAAAGUCAAUUUCAAUGGCACCGUCAUCAGAAAUGGCAUCUCCCACUUCAUGGGGAUGUGUUAAUUUAAUGAAUUGAUCUAUGAUGUCACCAAUAAUCACAUGCUUGGACCUCACAUGGCCUAUAAUAGGCCUAUAGGAUGCUCCGAGUGCCCUACAGGCUUUAAACCUAUAGGCAAACAGUGGCAGUGGUUGCUAGUGUGUCACUUGAACUAUACUCACAAAGAAUUGAAGUGCAACAAGCUUGAUCCAACAGAGUCCUGCAGCCCUCUCUUAAGUGUCUGUUUGCCAGAAACCCCGGGUGUGUUUUGGGUUUGGGGUUUUGGGUUUCCUGUCAGGGGAUGACAUGGCAGCAUGA